UUCCAACAAAAAACCCACUGGGCAUAAAUAAUAACACCUACUAGGGCAUAUGAGCAGGGUUUAUCGAACAGUUCUGCGUCUCUAAAACCACCCUCCAUUUUCCCGCGCUCCACCUUCGUUGCCCCAUCUUCCCUCUUCCCCUUUCGGCGGCACCUUCAUUUUGCCACUCACAGUGCGCCGCCAUGUUGUCCUCCAAGCAGAGCCUCCGCAUUAUCGAGUCCGCGCUUCUGGGUCCGUCCCCUCCGUCCCCAUCGCAGAGGGUCGAGCUCUUACACGCCAUUCACAAUUCUAUGCCUGCUUUUCGUUCGCUUCUUCAAUUCCCAUCGCCGAAAGCUUCAGACCGUGCACAAGUUCAAUCUAAAGAAGUCAGGCGGCCGGAUUCUUCAACGAUAACGCUCGAUGAUCAAGACGUCGUAAUUACUUUAAAGUUGAGUGAUGACCUCCAUCUGAAUGAAAUAGAAUGCGUGCAUCUACUUGUUGCUGCACAUCAAGAGUGGGCUUUAAUGGGACGAGAUCCUUCAGAGAUUUUCCACCUUGCAGCAGGGCUUUGGUAUACAGAGAGAAGAGAUCUAAUAAUGUCACUCUAUACACUACUAAGGGCUGUUGUACUUGAUCAGGGGCUUGAAGCUGGUCUUGUAUCUGACAUCCAAAGACACCUGGAAGAUCUUAUUAAUAGUGGCCUACGACAACGAUUGAUUUCUUUGAUAAAGGAACUCAAUCGAGAAGAACCAGCUGGUUUGGGUGGACCUAGCUGUGAGCGCUACAUUCUUGAUUCCAGAGGUGCUCUUGUUGAGCGUCGGGCUGUGGUUUGUCGGGAAAGACUUAUACUAGGACAUUGUCUUGUCCUUUCUAUUCUUGUUGUUCGAAUAGGUCCAAAGGAUGUGAGGGAUCUCUUUUCUGUUUUAAAAGACUGCGCUGCUGAGCUUAAUGAGACCAAAACUCCCAUAAAGCUUCAGAUUGUAUUUAGUCUCCUUUUCUCGAUCAUUAUUGCCUUUGUAUCGGAUGCUUUGAGCGCUGUUCCAAAUAAAGCAUCUAUAUUGUCCAGUGAUGCUUCUUUUAGAAAUGAAUUUCAGGAUACCGUGAUGGUGUCUGGAAAUAAUCCCACAGUGGAAGGAUUUGUUGAUGCUGUUAGGUUUGCUUGGACUGUUCAUUUGCUGUUAAUACACGACAUGGUUGAUGCAAGAGAAGCUGUUCCCAGUGCUUCCCCAAAAGAUUUAGAUCACCUACAAUCGUGCUUGGAAGUUAUUUUCUCCCAUAAUGCUUUCCAGUUCAUGCUUCAAGAAGUUAUUCAGACUGCGGCUUACCAGAAUGAUGAUGAGGACAUGACCUAUAUGUACAAUGCUUAUCUGCACAAACUGGUUUCUUGUUUUUUAUCUCAUCCUCUGGCUAGGGACAAGGUGAAAGAGUCAAAGGACCGAGCUAUGAACACGCUAAGUCAGUUUCGUGCUACCGGGUCACAAGAUUUCAUGCAUGAUGGUGAUUCAAGUUCCCAUCAAGCUAGCGAAACUCUUCCUUCACCUUUUGUCUCCCUCUUGAACUUUGUUAGUGAAAUUUACCGGAAAGAACCAGAACUGUUAUCAAGCAAUGAUGUCUUGUGGACAUUUGCAAAUUUCGCUGGGGAGGAUCAUACAAAUUUUCAAACUUUGGUGGCAUUCUUGAACAUGCUGAGUACCUUAGCUUGUAAUGAAGAGGGUGCUUCAAGGGUUUUUGAGUUACUUCAGGGAAAAGCAUUCCGAUCUGUUGGAUGGACCACCUUAUUUGAUUGCCUAUCAAUUUAUGAUGAAAAAUUUAGACAGUCCCUUCAGACUGCUGGGGCCCUGUUACCAGAGUUUCAGGAAGGGGAUGCAAAAGCGCUUGUUGCGUAUUUGAAUGUUCUUCAAAAGGUUGUGGAGAAUGGGAAUCCUGUUGAAAGAAAGAACUGGUUUCCUGAUAUUGAACCACUGUUCAAACUUCUUAGCUAUGAAAAUGUUCCUCCUUAUCUGAAGGGUGCUUUGAGGAACGCAAUCGCAUCCUUCAUUCAAGUCUCUUCUGACUUGAAGGAUAUCAUUUGGUGCUAUCUUGAGCAGUAUGAUUUACCUGUUCUUGUUGCAUCCCAUAUUCAGAAUGGCACAAAGUCGAUUACUUCUCAGGUUUAUGAUAUGCAGUUCGAGGUAAAUGAAAUUGAAGCAAGACAGGAGAGAUAUCCAUCAACCAUAUCUUUCCUUAACCUGUUAAAUGCUCUUAUUGCUAAAGAAAGUGAUCUAAGUGAUAGAGGGCGUAGAUUUGUUGGAAUAUUUAGGUUCAUUUAUGAUCAUGUUUUUGGGCCAUUCCCUCAACGAGCCUAUGCGGAUGCUGCUGAGAAAUGGCAGUUAGUUGUUGCUUGCCUACAACAUUUUAAUAUGAUUUUGAAAAUGUAUGACAUUAAUGAAGAGGACGUUGACGUUGUUAUUGAUCGAUCACAAUCAUCAAUGGAUACACAAUCAUCUUCACUUCAAACUCAGCUACCAGUACUUGAGUUGCUAAAAGAUUUCAUGAGCGGAAAAUCUGUUUUUAGAAACAUCAUGGGGAUUCUUCUGCCCGGUGUCAAUUCUCUCAUAACCGAAAGGACCAGCCAAAUUUAUGGCCAACUUUUGGAGAAGUCUGUGGAGCUUUCUCUUGAAAUAAUGAUACUUGUAUUAGAGAAGGAUUUACUUCUGGCUGAUUACUGGCGCCCUCUAUAUCAGCCCUUGGAAGUUAUCCUCUCUCAAGAUCACAGUCAAAUUGUUGCGCUGUUGGAGUAUGUCAGAUAUGAUUUUCAUCCCAAGAUUCAGCAGUUAUCUAUCAAAAUCAUGAGUAUCUUAAGUUCUCGUAUGGUUGGGCUCGUGCAAUUACUACUAAAAUCUAAUACUGCCAGCUCUUUAGUUGAGGAUUAUGCGUCCUGCCUCGAGUUAAGAUCUGAAGAGUGUCAUGUAAUUGAAAACAGUGGAGAUGAUCCUGGUGUUCUUAUAAUGCAGCUUCUUAUUGACAACAUUAGCCGACCUGCUCCAAAUGUUACACACUUGCUACUUAAAUUUAACCUUGAGACAUCCAUCGAGCGGACAAUUUUACAGCCAAAAUUUCAUUAUAGUUGCUUGAAGGUUGUUCUGGAGAUUUUAGAGAAGCUUUCAAAUCCUGAAGUCAAUGCCUUACUUUUUGAGUUUGGUUUUCAGCUUCUUUAUGAGCUAUGCUUAGAUCCCCUAACAUCUGGACCAGUCAUGGAUCUCUUGAGCAACAAGAAGUACUAUUUCUUCGUUAAGCACUUGGAUACAAUUGGAGUUGUUCCUCUUCCCAAGAGAAACAACCACACUCUUCGUGUCAGCUCCCUUCAUCAGAGAGCAUGGUUGCUUAAGCUUCUAGCAAUUGAGUUGCAUGCUGCUGACUUGAGUAGCCCGAUCCAUCGAGAGGCAUGUCAGAGUAUUCUUGCGCACCUGUACGGGCAGGAAAUAGAUGUUGGAUCAGUUCCAGUCUUCUCACUUCAACAUCAUGUGGUGGAUCCUGGAACUAGAACUAUGAGUAAGAGCAAGGCGUUGGAGCUACUUGAGGUUGUUCAGUUCCGAACUCCCGACACCUCAAUCAAGCUUCCCCAAAUUGUUUCGAAUUUGAAGUACGAAUUGCUGACAAAGGACAUACUUGGGAAUCCUUCAACUUCGCAAAAGGGUGGGAUCUACCAUUAUUCAGAGCGUGGCGAUCGCCUGAUUGACCUUACUUCCUUUUGUGAUAAACUUUGGCAGAAAUUUAAUGCUGAUAAUCCCCAACUGAAUAACGUUGGGAGGGAAGCUGAGCUGGAAGAAGUAAAAGAGACGAUUCAACAGUUUCUACGAUGGGGAUGGAAGUACAACAAAAAUCUCGAGGAACAGGCUGCACAACUUCAUAUGUUAACUAGCUGGUCACAAACCAUCGAGGUUACUGUGUCCAGAAGAAUUUCAUCACUUGAAAAUAGAUCCGAUAUUCUAUUUCAAGUUCUUGAUGCUUCCUUGAGCGCUUCUGCUUCUCCAGAUUGUUCUUUGAAGAUGGCAUAUCUUUUAUGUCAGGUUGCACUGACAUGCAUGGCCAAGCUAAGGGAUGAAAGAUAUUCAUCUCCUGGUGGUUUAAAUGCUGAUAGUGUCUCUUGUCUUGAUAUUAUCAUGGUGAAGCAAAUAUCUAAUGGAGCAUGUCACUCUAUUUUACUAAAGCUCAUCAUGGCAAUUCUUAGAAAUGAAUCAUCAGAAGCUUUGAGGAGACGCCAAUAUGCUUUGCUUCUCAGCUACCUUCAGUAUUGUCAAAAUAUGCUGGAUCCGGACGUUCCAACAACGAUUCUGCAAGUUUUACUUCAAAAUGAGCAAGAUGGAGAGGAUGUAGAUUUACAAAAGAUUGACAAGGACCAGGCCGAACUUGCUCAUGCUAAUUUUUCAAUUCUACGUAAAGAAGCUCAGUCUAUCUUGAAUGUGGUUAUCAAGGAUGCAACUCAAGGCAGUGAACCAGGGAAGACUAUAUCGCUCUACGUACUCGAUGCAUUAAUCUGUAUAGAUCAUGACAGAUUUUUCCUGAACCAACUCCAGAACAGGGGAUUUUUGAAGUCUUGUUUGGUCAGCAUAAGUAACGUUUCACUUCAGGAUGGCGUGCACUCUUUCGAUUCAUUGCAACGAGCAUGCACCCUCGAGGCUGAACUUGCCUUAUUGUCGAGGAUUAGCCACAAGUACGGAAAAUUUGGGGCUCAGCUUCUCUUUUCCACAGGCGCAUUGGAGCACCUUGAUUCAUGCAGGGCAAUCAAUUUACAGGGAAAUUUGAGGUGGGUUGAUAUGAAGCCUCAUAGAGAUGUAGCAGGGAAUUUUAACAAGCAACAAGCUAUCGUAACUCCGAUUUUGAGACUGUUGUUUUCUAUGACGUCAUUAGUUGACACGUCCGAGUUUUUUGAGGUUAAAAAUAAAAUUGUUCGAGAAGCUAUAGAUUUUAUUAAACGACACCAACGAGUAUUUGAUCAAAUACUUGGGGAGGACGUAUCUGAAGCCGAUGAUUCGACGUUGGAGCAGAUUAAUCUUCUCGUUGCUUCGCUUAGCAAGGUUUGGCCAUAUGAGGAGACUGAUGAAUAUGGUUUUGUUCAAAGUCUCUUCCAACUGAUGCAUUCGCUUUUCUCUCGUGAAUUGGAUUCUCGUACUCCUGGCCCAGCAGUUAAAUUGCUUAAGAACCGGAGAAGCUCAGAACUUCACUCCAUUCAGCUCAACUUCAGCUUGAUCUCUUAUUUAUAUUUUCUAGUAACAAGGAAAUCUCUAAGAUUGCAGGUCUCUGGUACUUCCUCGAGCCAUAACUCUCCUGUUCGGUCUCAACGUCCCUCGUUGGAUUUGCUUGGUACUCUUCUGAACUCUACGACGAUUACUCUUGAAAAAGCAGCUGAAGAAAGAUUGUUGCUAUUAAACAAGAUUCGAGACAUAAAUGAACUGUCGAGACAGGAGGUCGAGGAAAUUAUCGUACUGUGUCUUGGUGAAGACUUUGCCUCGUUAUCUGAUAACAUCCAGAGAAGGAGAUAUAUUGCAAUGAUUGAAAUGUGCAAGAUUGUUGGAAAUAAAAGUGAGAUGAUUACAUUGCUACUCCCUCUGGCUGAGUAUGUGUUAAAUGUGAUGCUUAUUCAUUUUCAAGACAGCAGUGUUAUUCCUGAUGGGAAUGCAAAUAUUAAAGCAAUUGCAUAUCAUGGGGAGUUGGAGUCAGGACAUGAAAUAAGUUCAUUGUGUGGGAAAUUGAUUCCCGUCUUAGAAAGGCUUGAGUUGCUGAGUGAGAAUAAAAUUGGAGAGAAUCUGAAGGUGUUUGGGAGAUUGGUGAGUUCAGUGAAGGAGGUGGCGAUUCAGAAGUUGGAUGUAUGAGGUUAAUUGGUUGAUGUUAAAUGAUGAUAUC